CAUUGUCAUAAUGUUAUCUGAUAACGAAGAAAACAUAUUUUUUAUUGGGAAAUACCUAUUCUCACUUGAAUUUAUUUAUACAAAGUUGGUCGUAUGACUAAACAGUUAUAUGCAAAAUCCGGACAGUUAAGUAAAAAUAGUGAUUGGUAAAUUUCAGGGAGAGAAUAGGAAGAUUAUACAAAUACAAUCUUAUAAACAAUUGUGUUUAUCAAUUUUAUAUAGCAUGGUUGAAUGCACUCGUUGUGGUAAAGUUUUUAAAUACGAAAGUGAACGCAAAAGACAUGAACUGAGUCACUUACCAGGAUUUGAAUGCAAUAAAUGUGGUAAAAAAUUCACGUAUAUUUCUGCUUUAAAGCGUCACGAGAAGCAACAUGAAAGGACGGGAACAGUUAAAUGUGAUAAAUGUGACCACAGCUUCAAAGAUACAGUCCUUCUACAACGCCAUAUGAAAUAUGCACAUGAAGGUACACACAUUUGUAAAGUAUGUGAGGCACAGUUCAGUAGUGACCAGGCUCUCCGCGUUCACACCUUAACACACAAACCAAAGUCAGAGAGGAGAUAUUCCUGUAGAUAUACUGAUUGUAACAAAACAUUCAACUUCUCUCAUCACCUCAAAUACCAUGAGAUGACGCACACAAACAGUCGACAGCACUUUUGUAAUGUUUGUGGGAAAGGGUUCAUUCAAUCACACAAUUUAAAGGUACACAUGAAAACACAUGAAGCUACUAAGAGAUUAUUGUGUGAAAUGCCAAACUGUACGAAAAAGUUCAAUUCUGAAUCGGCUCUUAAGAGACACCUCGCUCGACAUAAAAAAGUACCUGUUCCUGUAAUUCCUAUUGAGUCAUCUGAGAUUCUUAUUAAUGCUCCGUCGUCUGAAGGCGAUCCACGUUCUCCUUGCGAUCAGUUCCUUUUACCGCCAUUUUCUGAAGACCACGAGAUUAGCAAAGAAAGAAAUGUGAAUACAGACUUAUCUGCCAGUGACUUAUUAACAAAUGUUGACGAUUGUCAAGUUGGUAUCGAGGUUGACUUGAAUGAUACAAGUGAUUCCAUGUCAUGCUUUAACACUUGUAGAUCUGUGUUAGGGAAAUGUUUAGUGACUGGAGAUACAAGUGGAAAUGGAAACUGUUUAUGUGAUCAAAUGGUUAAAACAAAUACUAUUAAAGAUUCAAUAGAAGAAAAUAAAAAAAUACUUGAUGUAAUUGAAAAAAAGAAUACAAUAAAUACAUGUGAAGGCUGCGAUUGUUCUAAUGUAAAAUCGAAAAGAGACAAAAUAGUGGACGAGAAAAAAGUUGAUACAUGUAUGCCAGAAUUUGAGUACGGCGUUAAUGGUAUCAUUAAAGUAAUUAAUACGAUCGAUUCAGAUUUAGAAGGAAUUGUCAAUGUCAACACAAAACCGGAGGUUAAACCUAAAUGUCUAAAUGCGGAAACCAUUCCGUACAACAGUUGCAAGGCAAUUUUAGGCACGUGUAUAGUAAGUGGAAAUGGAACGAUUAGUGAGGAUUGUCUAUGUGCCAGAAUGCUAAUAGAUGACCAACAAAUGACCAGUCAAGAAAUAGAAGAAAUAACACCUCAACCAAAUGAUUCUACGAUGUGUUUGUGAUCAUGUAGAAGUGCCUUAUUUCGAUGUUAGCAGUUAUAAGUGAGAUUUUUAGAUACUUCAUUGUUAUACAUUUUACAUAUUCAUUGAGUGCCAUACGAUGAAUACAAAUUUAUUUGUUAUUUGAACU